UGCAGUCAGUGAACCCAGGUAGGCUACACGUCCACUGCUGGUGCCAGCUCAGCCCCGCCCUCCCGUGAGCUGCGUCCGACGCCGCUCCUCACCGCAGUCCGCUCGUCAGUGCAGCACACUGCGGUCUCCAUCGCACUGCUCCUCCGUGCGCUCCCCUGCCAGGUGGAAACGACUCGACCGGGACAAUGGAUUUCAUCUCCGUCUUUGGGAUUUUGGCCCUAGUGGUUUCUGCUGAGGGAAGUGUUGGGCCAAGUACCAACAGCAGUUUCUGCACAGAGUCAAAGGAGUGUCUUGAGUUUGAGCUGGUGUGCAAAACAGAUGAAUAUGAGGUGCGAUAUUACAGCCCCACUCGUUGGGUGUCAACAGACGCUGAAGCCUAUCUCAUGGGAGUGGGCGCAGCUUUGGCCUUCAGGAGACUUUUCCAAUACAUCACUGGAGACAACGAAGGGGGUGUCCAGAUGGAGAUGACUGCCCCUGUCCUAGUUAAGAUCCCAGAGGAGAGCAAAAUGUGGGCGCCGGUUAUCUACACACUCAGCUUCCCAUUGCCUGCAGCCUAUCAGGACAAGCCGCCCGCGCCCACCAAUGACAAGCUGUACUUCACUGAGAUGCCAGCAAUGAACGUGUAUGUGAGGAGUUACGGAGGCUGGAUGCUGUCGGUCACCUCCAGGCUCCACGCCCACCUGCUCACUAAAGAACUCGAGCGAGUCCGAGCUGCCUACAACCACAGCUACCACUAUGGAGUCGGCUAUGACAGUCCCUUGAAGCUGCUGAACAGGCACAAUGAAUUGUGGUACGUGGCCAUGGGGGAGCCAGUUUGCACAGAUCCUCAGGAGCCGACCCCUCCACACACUCCCUGUCCGACUACACCUGACUCACCUCCAGACUCUUCAGCUGAUUCUCUCCCUCACACGCUCUCUGAUUCACCCUCACUCCCUCCCUCCAACCUGUCCUCAUAUACAACAGUCAACUCCUCUGAUUCACCUGCUCUUCCCCCAUCUCAUGCUCCACCUACUCCAUCUCACCAGCCUGCUGAAGCCGCAUCCAGCCGCCCAACUACCUUCACCCACAUCUUGGUGGGCCCACCAUCCAACUCGUCUGAUCCCGUCUCCCCGGAGCCCCAGUCUGAUGCCGCCAUGUGGAACAGCACAGCCCACAGCUCUGUGGAUGCACAAGCCGACAGCAGCCCUGCGGCCGAGCCAGAUGACGCUCAUUAACCACCUUCACAUUUCGUUUAAGCAGCCAUUCCAGGUAGAAUUAGAAAAGAAGCACCUGGGUGAAUGUGCGUGGUGGAUGGACCUGCUCUUUUCUUCCUCCUUAUCUGCCUUUUCCUGGUUCACCCCCAUCCUACGUUCUGUCACAGCUUUCUGCAUCAGCAAACAUGUGCCUGUACACUGCUGUUCUGAGACUAGCGUACAGCUUCAUCACAGAAUUAAGUAAGAUAUAUGUAUUAGGUAGAACCUGAGGUUAUGGUUGAUUCACCCUGCUAAAGCUAAAGGCAGAGCGAGACACUUUGAAACAUUGAUUUAACCCAAAACCUAACAACUGAUACCGUAGGUCUUAAGUCAAAAUCUGUGUGUGAUUGAUAUAUAAAAUGUAAAGGGGCUGUAUGUGCAUAUUCACUGGGAUCUUUGGCGCAGGCUUGAACCUAAGUGCUAAGACUAUAUGGCUCUACAAAAUAGUGUAGUUAAAUUGAUCAAAUUAUCACCUUUUUAACUCUAGUUCAAAACGUGUUUCUUAGUAUUUUAUAUCUUUAAUAAUAAUCUCUAAUUAUACUCAGAAAUUUGGUCAGUUUAUGUGAUAGUUUGCUCUCCUGAAUUUAAUUUGGCAGCAUUUAUAAACUUUGAUUAUGAGACAAGACACAUUUAUAACAAACCGUAUGCUGUGAACCAAAAAUGGCUUAUAUUUUGAGUUUUUCUUGACUUUCCUGCUAAAAUCUCAGCAAACUGCACUAAAUAUUAUAAUUUCAGUGUCACAAGUUGAUGGUAAACCUAAGUGUAAAAAAUUAAUCGUGUACAAAGACCUUUUUUCCUCCCAUUCUCACUGAGAUCAAAAUGUUUGAGGAUCUAAUCAAUGUUCAAAUUAACACAAACACACACUCUCUUUGCUCUGGUCCCCUAGAGUACCGUAUACUUUUCCCCAUGAUAAAAACACCAUCCAUCAAAAUGUUUAAACAUGCUUCCCCUUAACUUCUCAAGUGCAGGUUAAUUCAUAUUUCCCCCAUGUUAUGUUAGUUUUUGAACACUAGGGGCGCUGUAGACUAAACACACAUAGGACAGGGGUUUGUUUUGACAGUGGUUACAGAUGGUGGCAAUAAUGUGCCAUAACUGAUCAAAUGCUACCAAUAAAGAAGAAGAAAAUACUUGGUUUGCUUAAAUACUGCAAAUCGAUUCCUAGUCUUAUAAGAUGCGAACUGUUUUAAAGCCACAAUGCAGUCUAUUUUAAAAGCUAAGAUUAAACCCUGACUCUGAUCUAAUUAUGGUAAGACUGCCCCAGAGAUCCCAAAGAAUUACAGCAGGUCAAACCAAUGCAGCGAGGGUUAUAUCAGUGAAUGAUGACAUUCUCUCUGUGUCUGCAUACUGUACAUUAUAAGGUGCAAUAAAAAUCCCAUAAACUGUU